UCUUCCUCUUCUUUUUGAAGAACCUUCUCUUCUUUUCAGCCAUGGCUUCCUCCGGCUCCUCAAGCUAUAUGAUCUAUCAUCCUGAAAAUCUAAAUAUAUUUAAUAUGUUUUCUAGUACCUUUGCGUUAGGUGGAAGCUUAGAGGGCUCUGGGAUUGUAGAAAGUAGUCCCCAGGAGACCAUAAGUCUCAGACGUGCGAGCUUGCACGGCUUGAUAACCAGUUUCACUUUGGAAGGCUUGAUAACCAGUUUCACGGAAGGCUUGAUAACCCGUUUCACUUUGAUUCUCCAGAGGAUAAUGAUAUGGCUGAGUGGACCAGCAGCUUUAUUUGGUUUGAUUAUAGAGUUCACCUUGAAUCUGUUUGUGCUUAAUGGUGGCAUCUUUGGAUUUCCUUGGAGCAUUAUUACAGAAUCACUCAAGAUACCGAAGCCUUACUCUGCUGGUUACCUGUCGAUGGUUGCAUUAAUGGACGAACGAAGAUCUCUAGCAAACUCUUCUUACUUAUCUAGUCCUCUAUUAUUUAAGCUUCCGGUCCAUGACAGAAAAUUUAUCUAUCCAUUGGACCUUUGCGUGAUGGCUUCUAAGGUAGCUUAUGAGAAUAAAAAAUAUAUCAAACACACGGUUACUACAGAAUGGAAGAUGCACUUUGUAAAAUUCUACAACUGCUGGAAUGAGUGUCUAAAAAGUAAGGAAACCCAAGCUUUCAUAUUCUGCGACAAGCGAGAAGAUGCCGAGGUGAUUGUUGUUGCAUUCCGCGGCACUGAACUCUUCAAUUUACGUGAUUGGCUAACUGAUAUUGACCUUUCAUGGCUUAAAUUGGGAGAAAUGGGGAAGGUCCAUGUAGGUUUCAUGAAGGCUCUUGGCAUUCAAGAUGAAAAGUGUGCUGAUAAAGGUUGGCCAAAAGAGUACACAGGAAAAAAGAAAUUAGCAUACUACACCAUAAGGAAGAAGCUACGAAAAUUGGUGAAAGAAAACCCAAACGCCAAGAUAUUAGUGACUGGGCAUAGCUUAGGUGGUGCACUUGCAGUUCUUUUCCCUGCUAUACUUGUGUUCCACCAGGAUAAAUCCAUUUUAGAUAAACUAGAUGGGAUUUUCACUUUUGGACAGCCUAGGGUUGGAGAUACCAAAUUUAGGGAUUCCAUGGAGAAACAAUUAAAUGGGAACCGCAAGAAGUAUUACAGGGUGGUUCAUAGAUACGACAUUGUUCCUAGGGUGCCCCUCCAUGGGUAUUUUAUACCUUUUGCCCACUUCGGAGGCUGCAUCUAUUACAAAAGCUGGUACAAGGCUCAGAUCUUACCGGAAGAACCAAACAAGAACUACUUCAAUCCGUUGCACUUUCCUUCCAAGUACAUUAAUGCAUGGUUGGACUUGUUUAGGGGCUUGAUUGCUGGAAUCAGACAUGGGAAAGAUUUUAAGGAGAAUAGAAUCUCUAUUGGGGUAAGGCUGUUUGGGCUCCUCAUACCUGGUUUUGCCUCACACAGUCCUAGGGAUUAUGUGAACGACGCAAGGCUUGGGAACCUGGAAUUAAUGGAGGACAACAUAUGAAUUUCCAUUUUUUUUUAAGACAACAUAUGUCUAGAGAAGGAGUACUAUUGCAGUUUGAAAUAUAAUUGAUGUCGUCUUGUAUUUCAUCACUAUUUAAAUAAAAUUUGGUUUUCUCAA